GGUUUAACCGCCCAGAACUCGUCCUUUUGUCCCCAAGUCAUCCGGUUUUUCCCCGCUCAGCAGCGCCUCGCGACCGGCCGACAGGCUCCGGGUUUUUUUCUUUUUUUGUUUUGUGUGAAACAUGUCGGCAGCUAACAGACCGGGAAGCGCGGCCACCGACUCUCACAACCAGGAGAACAUGCUGUCGAGGCUCCGGGGCUCCACGAAGCCCCGAGCCGGCGAGAACCAGGAGAACCUCCCCCCGAAGCAGAGCAGCGGGGCCGCGACCAGAACCGUCCUGGGAGCCCUGCAGAACCACCAGCGGAGCAGAGCCCCGAGCCAGCGCGGUACAAAGCAGGAGUCAUCGCAGGCUCUGUCCUGUAAGAAUGAAGAGGUCUCCAAGCCGCCUGCCUUCCAGAUCCACAUGGACGAGCCUGAUGGUGCCUGCAUCAAGAAGCCACAGCCAGUGGCAGAGCCCGUGAAAGAGAAGCCCUCGGUUGCAGACUCCCCCGAGGUCAGCAAUGCUGUGGUUCGGCUCCGGCAGCCACUGGCCACCAUCGACGUCCCGUUGGCCAUGGACGUCAGCUUCGACUCUCCAAUGGACAUGUCUGUGGUCGAAGGCGAGGAACGAGUGGCCGACGUAAACGAGGUUCCAGAGUAUGCAGAGGAAAUCCACACCUACCUGAGGGAGAUCGAGGUGAAAACGAGGCCCAAAGCGGGUUACAUGAAAAAGCAGCCAGACAUCACGAACAGCAUGAGGGCCAUCUUGGUGGACUGGCUGGUUGAAGUUGGCGAGGAGUACAAACUCCAUAACGAAACGCUGUACUUGGCUGUUAAUUACAUCGAUCGCUUCCUGUCUUCGAUGUCCGUCCUCCGGGGAAAGCUCCAGUUGGUCGGGACGGCUGCAAUGCUUCUCGCUUCGAAAUUUGAGGAGAUUUACCCUCCCGAGGUGGCGGAGUUCGUCUACAUCACAGACGACACCUACACAAAGAAACAAGUGCUGCGAAUGGAACAUCUGGUGCUGAAGGUGCUGUCGUUUGACCUGGCCGUGCCGACGAUAAACCAGUUCCUCACGCAGUACUUCCUCCAGCAGUCCGUCACCAAACAAGUGGAGAGCCUCUCCAUGUACCUCGGGGAGCUCAGUCUGGUGGAUUCAGACCCCUUCCUGAAAUAUCUGCCCUCACAAAUAGCAGCUGCAGCCUACAUCGUGGCCAACCACACAGUGACGGGAGGCUCGUGGCCCAAGACGCUGGCUGACAUGACCAGCUACUCCCUGGAGGAUCUGAUGCCGUGCAUCGAAGACCUUCACCGAAUGUACCUGAACGCAGCACAGCACGCUCAGCAGUCCGUCCGGGAGAAGUACAAGAGCUCAAAGUAUCAUGAAGUCUCCAGUAUCCAAGCGCCAACGAAGCUGCUGCUGGACUGACUGCGGCCGCCUCGGCUGUAACUCCACAUCCUGUCAAGUCUCACCUUUUUCAUAUGUGCCCUUUUUUUCCUUUUAAAGUCCACGCCCUGCUCUUCUAGGAGUAAUGCUAAAUGUUUUAGAGGUUUGAUAUUUUUAUACUGAAGCCCAGCGUUCAUGCCAGACACUACUGCAGUUUUAAUAAUUUGGUUUUAUUCAGGUGAAAUGUUGCGUCGCGCUGCAUUGAUCUAGUGUCUCAAAACUCCAGUAGCUGUGAAUGUACCAGAAGCAGAGGACUCGGAGCAGGUUCACGUUGAUCUGACGAGGAAGAAGCUCCAUUAAACUGACGUUUACAGCCCUUCUAACACCUUCUGUACUGUACAGUAUGGCUUUUGUAAAUAA